AUUGCAUAUCAGACGCAGUGCCAUGAAGUAGGCCACGCCCGUUAUGAUUUCACGACUAAUCUAAUCUAUCUGACCAUCGUUCUGGAAUACCACUCUCACAUAACUCUCACACUGAAAACCGCACAAGACCAAAAUGAGUGCAGACAAAGUGACAUGUGAUGACAAACUGAAGAAUCUGGAGUGCCUCUUCACAUGGGACGUAAACAAAGAUGACAUCAGUGACUUGAAGGGCGUCCCAGAGAAGCUCCUGGACCGCGUCAAGUACUGUUCCCGCAGGUACCAUGGCACCUACUUCAACAUCCUGGCCUUUGUGAGCCACCUGCAGGGUAGGAACGACACUGCCCUCGAAUACCUGGCCAAGUCUGAAGCCGUGCUGAAGGAGGAGAAGCGAGAUGAGGCAGAAUUCCUGGUCACCUACUCCAGCUUCACAUGGCUGCACCAUCACCUGGGUAACGUGGAAGACAUGGAGACCUACCUGGGCAAGGUGAUGAGCAUAGGUGAGGGUGGAGAGACCAUCGUGGAAGCAGAGAAAGGGUGGAGCUUCAUAAGGUUGGGUGCCAAGUUCUAUCCACGGGCCAAGGAGAGCUUCCAGAAAGCUCUGGAAACCAAGCCUGGCAGCAUAUCUUAUAAUGUGGGCUAUGCCAUAGUCCUUUAUCGGUUGGAGGGGCUUGUCAGAAAGGAUGUUAAAGACAUGCCUGAGGACAGCCCUGCAGCCAGACAGCUACAGAGAGCCUUGGAUCUCGACCCCACUGAUGCUGAAGUGAUGGUCCUCUUAGCCCUGAAACAUCAAGGCUUUGAUGCGCUGAAGAGCAGAGAGCUAGUCAUCACGGCCCUCGAGAAGAGUCCAGACAUGCCUCAGAUCAUCAGGUACGCAGGCACAUACUUCAGGAGAGACAACUCCACCGCUGAAUCUUUAGAGAUGCUUGAAGAGGCGGCUAAGAGAGCUCCCAAUUGUGCCUUAGUCUACCACCAGAUGGGACUCAUCCACUGGCGAGAAAUUAUCAACAUGAAGACAUCCAUAGGGCGGAAGGUCUGCUCGGUGCAAGUAAUGCCGAAAGAGUCCGCCGAAUGCAUCCGCCUCUUCCGCAAGACCGUGGAGCUGAAGCCGUCCAACACGCACGCCUGGGUCCACCUGGCGGAGGCGUACGCAGAGAGCCGGCAGCUGGAGAAGGCCGAGCCCAUUUUCACCCGCCUGGUCUCAGACGAGCGUCUGACCGACACGGAACGGCAGCACUGCCACACCAAGUAUGGCGUCUUUUUGUUGUUCCAGAGGAAGGACGACGACCGGGCCGUGGAGCAGCUCAAGAAGGCGUACAGGAUCAGGAUCGACAGCAAAGUCCGGAAUCAGGCUCGGGACAAGCUCGAGAAGAUAGGGAGCCGCUGGCUUAUACAGAGACCUUGGGAGAGUGAUGACAUCUUUGCUUUCAUGUCCGCAGUAGACGAUCAGGACAAUCAGGACAGCGCAACCAGGGCUAUAACAGCAGAGUCAAAUGCCAGUGGGCUUGCUGACAGCUUAACAAGGAUGACAUUAUAAAAGGGUCACACAUAUACAAAUAUACAUAAAUACAAUGUUUUAAUGUUUUUAACAUCAUGUUUUACUGUAGGUCGGCAUAGCUUUUUCAUCAAUUGUGAACUUGACAAGAUUUACUGUAAUAAGCUGGUAUAGGCUUUGUUACUGUAGUAAGAUGCAUUUUUGUCAUAUUUGGCAGGUGAAAAAUUAAAUAAACAAGCAUUAAUAUGU